CCCUCUAGGAUGCAGCGGUGGCCAGUGGUGCUUUUCCUGGCCUGGGUUUGCUUUGUCUUUUUUGCUGGAAUCGGGCUCUUCAUGAGCGGCUUCCUGCUCACCCGGAUCGAGCUUGCCAGCAGCAGUUCCUGCUCAGACCCACUCGUGCCUCCACCUUGGGAGAGGCAGAGCCUCCCGCCAGGCUCCUGCUGGGCUCCCCAACGCUUCUCCAAGGCCGUGCUCGUCAUCAUUGACGCCCUCCAUUUUGAGUUUGCCCGCUUUGACCCUGCCAAGGCCAGCCCAUUGCCUUACGAGAAUAAGCUGGGUGUCCUGCACCAGCUGGCCACCUCCCAGCCCCGCCAUGCCCGGCUCUACCGCUUCCGAGCCGACCCCCCCACGGCCACCAUGCAGCGCAUCAAGGGCCUCACCACCGGCUCGCUGCCCACCUUCAUCGAUGUGGGCAGCAACUUUGCCUCCUACGCCAUCCAGGAGGACAACCUGCUGGCACAGCUGGUACAGAACGGAAGGAGAGUGGUCUUCAUGGGUGAUGACACGUGGGAAGGACUCUUCCCAAAGAAGUUUUUCCGCUCGUAUUUCUUCCCUUCUUUUAAUGUGAAGGAUCUUCACACUGUGGAUGAUGGCAUCCUGCAGCAUCUCUAUCCAACUGUGGACAGUGGUGAAUGGGAUGUGCUGAUUGCUCACUUUCUCGGCGUGGAUCACUGUGGACACAAACACGGACCUGACCAUCCCGAGAUGGCAAAGAAGCUCACCCAGAUGAAUGAGAUGCUCAGGUCCUUGGUGGAUCACCUGGGGAAUGACACUCUUCUUCUGGUGGCUGGGGACCAUGGCAUGACAGAAACUGGAGACCAUGGUGGCGACAGCGAGAAGGAAGUCAAUGCAGCCCUGUUUGUGUACAGCAGGACACCCCUGUUUGGCAGUGGCCCUCCAGAGGAGCCUGAGACCAUUCCCCAAGUGAACCUGGUGCCCACUGUGGCCUUGCUGCUGGGGGUGCCCAUCCCCUACAGUAAUAUCGGGGAGGUGAUGGCCGAGCUGUUCGCUGGGGACGGUGAUGCUGUGUCUGCAGCCUUGCAGCAGCUCUCAGUCUAUCACAUCAAUGCCAAGCAGGUGGAUCGCUUCCUGCAGUCCUACUCGCUGGUGGCACAGGACCUGCCAGCAGAGCAGCUCCAGCACCUGCAGGAGCUCUUCUCCAGUGCUGUGGAGGAGCACACACAGCUCCUGGCCCAGGUGCAGGGGACGACGGUGCCUCCGGAGCUCGAGCCGAGGCUGGGAAGCCUCAUCAGUCGCUUCCAGCGCUACUUGCGGGAGGCACGGGCUGUGUGCACCCAGUCCUGGGCCCGCUUCCACCCCCUGCGGAUGGUGGGGGGCUGCGUCCUUAUUGCUUCCUCCUGCUUGCUCUGCUACAUGGCCUCAGAGCUGGCCGCAUCCUCACAAUCUUUCUGUCGCAGCUGCCUCCUGUACCCACUCUUCUGGGGCCCUGUGGGGGCUGCCCUGCUAUGGCUGGUCCACGUUUUUACCCAGGAGGGACUGGAUCUGCUCCUGGUGUCGUCAUGGGCAGCUGCUGCUUCUCAGCUGGGCUUUUUCUGGCACUGGUGGGGCCAGCAUCUCAAGAGAGCCCGUUUGACAGGCAGCCAGCCACCCUUGGCCAGUGGUGGCCUGAGGCAGAGGCUGCGAGCAUGGCUGGGGCUGGCCUUCCCCAUGGGCAUUCUGUUCUUCCGCUGUGGAGCUAUGUUCUCUGACAGCUUUGUUGUGGCCGAGGCACGGGUGGCCCCGUUCCUGCUGGCCUCCCUGGUGAUGUUGCUAGUAGGGAAGCUCCACUGGGAUGGUCGCCUGACUGUGCCAGAAGGUCCCAAGCAGCAGCUCCUUGGCUUGUCUUCUUACCGGAGAGAGAUCUGGUACCUGCUGUGCCUCGUGGCCAUGUUCCUCGUCUGUGUGCGCCUCUCCAGUUUCUUCCACCAGUGCCGUGAAGAAAUCCCUCAGUGCCGGCCCUCUGUUUUCCUCUCCCCGCUUGCCAGCCUAAGAAACACACGGGCCAAGAACCUCUUCUACCUCGUGUGCGUGGCCUUGCUGGCUGGGCUGGUGUAUGCAGUGCAGAGCUGGCUAAGGCACUACGGCAACCUGAACAGCUCGGACCCCCUGGUGCUCUUUGUGCGCUGGGGUUUCCCCCUGGUGGUCCUCUGCAUUGCCUGCUACUGGGCUGUUGCCUCCAGUGCUGAUGACUCUCUUGGCAAGCUGCAGGAGCUGGUGCAGGUUGCAGUUGUAGUUUUUCCCAGGGCUGUCUAUGGACUAGCAUCCGUGGGACUGCUGCUCCUGCUAUGCAAUCCCGUGACGGUGUUUGCAAAGGACACUCGGGAGUCAGCAGGAUCCAUCGUCACUCCCUACCUGGGGGUCCCUGGCUCCGAAGUCGACUUCCUCCACGUCAUCCCUCAGAUCUACAAGAGGAUGCAGGAGUCUCAGAGGAGCCGGCUGGAGCGGGGCAGCUGCAGGGCCACUGUUGCAGCGUACGGGCUGGGCAGCGUGUACUCAGCAGCCCUGGUCAUAGCCCUCACCCUCUUGGCCUUCCUCUUGAUGCUUCUGCACAGCGAGCGGCUGAGCUUUGCCUUCCUGCUCCUCUUCGUGGAGGCCUUUGUGCUGCUGCACAUCCACACGUGUGCCAGAGGCCUUGCCGGAGAUGCUGAGCUGUUUUCAGUGCCGUGGUAUGCAGUCAUCUCCUGGCUCCUUGCUGCUUCACAGUUCUUCUAUUCCACAGGCCAUCAGCCUAUCUUCCCAGCCAUCCACUGGAAUGCUGCCUUUGUUGGCUUCCACCUUGAUCACGGCACAAACCUCCUGCCUGCUGUGCUGGUGGGCGCCAACACCUUUGCCUCCCAUAUCCUCUUUGCAGUUGGCUGCCCGCUGCUCCUGCUGUGGCCCUUUGUGUGUGAGAUGUCCAACUCACAGAGGAGGAAGCCCAAGAAGGAGUCCCGGGAUGAGCUGCAGGAGGUGGAGGAGCGCAUGAUGGAAAUGAGGCUGCGGGAGUCUCCAGAGGAGUUCUCCACUGCUCUGUUGCGGCUGGGAUUGAAGUACCUCUUUGUCCUUGGGGCACAGCUUCUGUCCUGUGUUUGUGCAGCUAUGAUCCUCAGGAGACACCUCAUGGUUUGGAAGGUCUUUGCCCCAAAGUUCCUCUUUGAGUCGCUGGGCUUUGUGGUGAGCAGCAUCUGCCUCUUGCUGGGGAUCUCCCUGGUGAUGCGUGUGGACUGUGCUGUCAGCACCUGGUUCAGCCAGCUUCGGCUGAGGUAGCCUUGGAGACGUGAGGAGCCUGACCUGCUCGUUGGCCGAGGCUGUGGUUGCCUCCUUGCCUCCCUCGGGCUCGGAGGGAUACACGAGCUGCCAGCAAACAGUGCCUGCCAACAGCAGUCAGGGAUUAUCCCCAGCUCCCUGCUGCUGCGCUGAACAAAAGGACUGGAGCCAACUGUUCCUGGCUCAUGGGGAUGGUGUUUCUCAGCAGGGGAGGUCAGAGCUCUCACUGGGCUUUUGCUGGCAGCACGAAGGCUCUGCUGCAGGAGCCCAAGAAGCAAGAGUCCUGAAGUGCUUCUCUGGAGAAACACCAACGGGGGUCUUGCUGCUACUUUCCUGACACCUGCCACAAUGUGCAGCUGGUAGGCUUCAGCAGCCAGCAAGGUGUCACCUUGUGCAAAGACUCACGGGAUGGGGCCUGUUGAGGAGGGGAGAGGAGGAUGGAAGGGGAGGGAAUGUCCCACAGCCACCACUCGUUUUCACGUGCUCGGUUUUCAUGCUGGAAUCACGCUGCACGUGGUUCUGUGCAGAUAGUUCCUGGAGCCUCGGUGGCAGCUACUGCUCUGUAAAGCCAGUCAGUUGCUCUGAAGUGAGACUUCUCUUGCCCUACACUCAAUCCCACUUUCCUGGUUCCCCUCAACCCUGUGAGGUGCAGUGGGGAGCACUCUGGCCUGCCUUGUACUGCAGGCUUAGCUUGGGCCAGUGGUAGCAGGGACAACUGUGUGCAUGACCAAGAAAUUCUCCACUUCUGUUCUCAACCUGUCAGGGUCCCUGCUGGCUGUUGAUUGAACAGUUAAGAUGCCAGUAGGAUGUACUGACAGAAUAUGGGCUAACACCCAUACUGAGCCUGGCUAGCAGGAAAGGGGAACUUUGAGUAGCUGUCCCAGCUGCAGGAGUAACUUUGGUGUGAGCUCCAGAGCCUGGGAGCAGCCACUUGAAAGCCUGGAGCAGGCAUCAGUUCUUUUGGGUAGUGGUUUAACUUACUGGUGUCAUUGUGUGUGCUGGGUGCUAUGGACCAAGUGCAAUCAGUCACAUCCAUGAUCCCAUGUUUGGGGCUUGUCUCCCUCUUGGCCUUGGCAUUCUCUGUGAGACUUCAAGCCACAGGUAAGCUAUGCCAAACACGCCCUUGACUGCUCACAGUUGGGAGACAUGGUCUUUCUUUAUGGGCACAGGUAGAGGAUGGUGACCAUGGUGCCUGGCCACAUCCCAGCUCAAUUCCUCGUGCAGUUUCCAUUGGAGCUGGGAUCCCUUACUGCCCUGAACCACUGUGUGGCAUUACUUGGUGCUAUGAAACCUUUUGUCUCUUUCCUCUCUGGAAAGAGCCAAGGACUGCUUGCCUGGGAUUUCUGCAAUGAUAUUUGCCCAAUCCCAUUAAUUUUUAACUCAUGCACCA